AUGGCGCCAAAAGAUGCUGCUGUGUCCUCUUAUGUGGACAAUUUGUUGACAAGGGUAGUCACGGGAAGACGACCUGCUGAAGAUGCUGCGCGUCAAUAUGUUAACAGACUUGUCGCGAAGGCACUGACUCAGAAGACCAUCGAAGGUUCAGCGCGGGAGGUCGCUGCUGCUUGCGCACACGAAGCCGUGAAGGGCUACGUGAUGAAGGCCAAGGCUUUGGCCAAGGCGGAGGCGGAGAAGGCGGAGAAGGCGGAGAAGAAGAUCGAGACACAAGAUUCAGGAGUCGAAGAGAAGGCCUUGGCUGCUGGAUGUGCCCGUGUGGCAGUGGCCCGCUGGGUGCAGGCUGCAGAGAAGGCCAAAGAAGCAAGCAAAGAGGCAAGUACAAACCAAGGAGCUGAGCGAGAAGCUGCAGCUGCGGCAAAGAUUGCGGUUGGACAGUGGAUUUCGAAGGCUACCGAGACCGCUUCCAAAGAAGGAGAGCGCAAAGUGGCUAAUGCUUGUGCUCGUGUGGCUGUUGCUCGCUUCCUGGAGAAGGCGAAGCAGUCCAUCCAUGCAGAAGGCCAGAAGGAGCAAAAUUUCCCGGAAGCGGUGAAACGCAAUGAGAGCAAGGCUUUUGAACGAGCUGUGGAGCAAGGUGAUCCACGCCAAGUUGCUGCAAUGUGUGCUCGUCAUGCUGUGAAGCUCUAUCUGGACCAGGCCAAAGAGACAAUUCGGCGGCAAGGCACUGAAGUGUCUGCUUGCUCUGCGGUUGAGCAGGUGCACUCUACAGUUGUCAAAGCCGCCAGCAAAAUUGCUGCUGCAACUCAGCCCACGAUCAAGAACUUGGAAGGCAUGAUCUUGGAAGAAGAAGCAGAUCCUGCCGUCUCCCCGAGUGGGAAGAGCCCGAUGAAGCCCUCCGGAACUGCUCCAAAGAAAAAACGCCCGAUGCCGAAGGAGUCGAAGGUAUCCCCGUCAGCAACUGCGUGGGAUUCCUGGACUGCACCGCCUUCGCCGGAACAAUUUGAAGCGGAUGUUCAAGCAGCUGCAAAACGAAGCAAACAUUUGCCCGUCCGUAUCCAGACGAAUCCAGAAGAGGAGCGUAAGCGGGAUGUUGAGCUCUUGCAGAAGAGGCACCAAGAGAACCUCCAGCGUGUGCGGCAAACGCAAGAAGACUUGCGAUCUGAGCACAACCGCAGCUUCUUGCAUAGCUUGGUUGUGAGCAAGGAAUUGCCAGGAUCCAAUCUCAGCCGUCCACAAUUGCCUCCGAAGCCAAAGCCUGCAAAAGGCCGAGCAUCCUCGCGUCGUGGCUAUGGAAAGAAGCGAAAUGAGUCACGACGAAGCAGCUCUGAACGUCCUCGCAAGGCUGAGAAGGAUGGCACCUUGGAAUUUGACACUUCGAACACUCUCGCUGAAAUUGAGGCGGACAUGCCACGACCGGAUUUGGAUGACCCUGUCUUGCGUGCUUACUUGGCCGUCUACAAAUCGACAGUUUGCAAGCGCGGCGAUGAUUUUGACGCAUGCACUCGAGGAGCUGGAUCUACAUGUGAGGGGAUGCCUGGGGAAGUGUGUGAUGCAAAGAGGCGAUCGAAGAGUGCCACCAACAGGCACUCCAUCUCCGAGAAAGACACAAGUUGGCUGCAGCCUGGGCUUUUGUCAUGGCAGGACAAGGCGAAAGCUUGGUUCUGGCCACACAAGGGCGCUGUGCCCCCAAUGGAGACAGCUGUGCUGGCGCUGCUGAAUGGCAACCCACCUCCAAUUGAGGUUACUGCUAAGGCUGCUGCGGCCGCUCGCCGGUACUUCGCUGCGCAUCCCGACCCAGUGCUUGGAUGGCUUGCAAUUUCAAACAAGAAAGAGAAAGGGCAGUAA